AUGUCACAGAAUGGUGUUAUUCAUUGCUCAUUUGUUUUGGGAAAAUCUCGAGUGACACCCAGAAAGCAGAUUACCAUCCCAAGAUUGGAGCUAUGUUCAGCUGUACUCGCAGUGAAGCUCAGUCGAUUUGUCCUAAAGGAGUUGGAAUACAAAGUCAACAAUGUUUGUUACUGGACAGAUUCAACUUCAGUGCUCCAGUAUCUAUCAAAUACAUCAGCAAGGUAUCAUGUUUUUGUAGCUAACCGAGUGGCUCAAAUUCACAAUAGUUCAUCGAUUAAUCAAUGGAGACAUGUAGACACUAAAAAUAACCCUGCAGAUGUAGCAUCACGAGGAUUAAGUCCUAGAUGUAUCGACAAAGCCAUUUCUUGGUUUAACGCGCCUAAAUUUCUUUGGCAUUCUCAGGAACACUGGCCUAAGCGUCCUGAAGUUUUACCUCAAAUUCCUGAAAAUGAUCCUGAAGUCAAGACUAUAAUAAAUACGAAUGUUAAUAUGGAAAAGGAUAAUGUCAAGUCUGUAUUGUCUAUGCUUAUGGAGCGCUACUCAGAUUAUGGGCGACUUCAAAGGGCAAUUGCUUGGAUAAUACGUUUCACAAAAUUCUGCAAAGCAAAGUAUUUGCACAAAGUUAAAUUUCAAGAUAUAGGCAAAUUAAGUGUUGAUGAGCUGGAUUAUGCCACUCAUGAAAUUCUCAGAAUCACCCAGCGUGAUGUGUUUUCUAAACAAAUGAAGUAUCUUGAAAUGAAUAAUAUAGAACAUAAGGUUCCAAAGAGUCAACUUCGUAAAGGUCAAUGUCAGUCACUUCAGAAUUUAUGUCCAUUUAUCGAAGAUGAUUUGAUGAGAAUUGGAGGACGUCUUCAACAUUCUUUGCUACCACUUCAUAGCAAACAUCAAAUAAUUCUACCUCAAGAUCACCAUGUGACAAGAUUACUCAUCAAAAAGUACCAUGAGCAAGAGGGACAUAGUGGCACAUUACAUGUUCUUGCAGUCAUUCGAGAACGAUACUGGAUAAUACAUGGUCAAUCUACUGUUCGCUCUUACCUAAGGAAAUGUCUUAAAUGCCGCAUGCAAAGAGCAAAGGGCAAACAAGUUAUGGCACCUCUUCCUGCCAGCAGGGUAACCCCAGGUCAUCCAGCCUAUACAUGGACUGGAAUAGAUUAUAUGGGGCCAGUCAUAAUCAAGCAAGGAAGAAGCACAAUAAAGCGAUAUGUUUGUGUUUUCACAUGCAUGUCUUCUCGUGCUGUUCAUCUCGAAGUUUCACAUUCUUUGGAGACCAAUUCGUUUUAA